AUGGGGCGGCGAGCCAAGGACGUCGGCGCGCUCUCGCUCGGCCACAGCUGUGGCAUCGCCAUGGGCGCUGUCUUCGGCAUGUUCUGGAUGCGCGUCGUCCUUGCCUUCACGUACGUGGAGACCAUUUUCUUUAUGAUCCUGCCCGUCUCGGUCUCGAUCCUCGUCGUCGCCGAGCAGCGGUCGCUCGGCCCCAUCUUUGACAAGCUGCUCUUCAAGAUCCAGUCGACGGUCUACGUUGCCAUCGAGUCGUCGAGCAUGCCUCGCAAGACGCGGGCAACGUCGACGACCACCACGCUCACGGAAGGCUCCUUGGCGCAGCACGAGGCGUCGCCCGGCUCGUCGCCGGCUGCUUCGCCUGUCCACAAGCCUGCCAUGUAUCGAAAGAGCUCUGCUGCGUCCAACUCGUCCGAGCUCAUCUCAACCGCGCAGAGCAGCCUCUUUGCCGGCGUGGGCAUCGGUCUGCGCGACCACACACUGGGCUUCAACGCAGUGAGCGGCCAGUCCAAGCCCAUUUACCUCCAAGAAGUCAACUCGGGCUUCUUUGUGAAAUCCGUCGACGGCCGCCUCAAGCUCACGGCGCGCCCGGACGAUUCGUGCCUCUUCAUCUGGGUCCGCGGCAAGACGCACCACUGGGGCCUCCUCUCGCUCUCGACCCAGCGCUUCGUCGGCCAAAACGUCGUCUCCAUGGUCGUGGCCUCGGCCAAGAAGCUGCAAAACUGGGAGGCCUUUCGCGUGCUUCAAAACGCGGACGUCCCACCCAUGGCUCAAGACGAUGCGAUCUCGUGCCCGAUCCACUUGAUUCUGUGCUCGGCGCGCUUUGGCAAAGGCAUGUGGCUCUCCACGCGCAUGAAGGAAGGCGACCGCAUGCUCUCGCUCUCCAAGAACUAUUCGUCAGCGCUCUGCGUGCGGUACGCCUCGGACCUCGUUGCGUUCAAGAAGGACGGGGUCGCGAAUGGGCCUCGCCCGUCGCGGUCGUCGUCGUCGUCGUCGUCGCCGGCGCGCGAGUCGUUUGUCGCCGAAGCCCCGACGCUGCCAUGGCUCUCUGCGACGGCGUCAUUUUUCCAGUCGACGUCGUUUGCCACCAUCUUGACGCAAACGCUCGAAAAUGUGACCAUGUCGUCGCUGACCAACUUGUUUGUUGACGCGUACGAUGUCAUGCUGCCGGAUGCGUGCGGGAGCUGGUCGAGCCACCCAAGCCUCGGCAAUGUCCGGCUCGUGAGCUACCCGAUCUCGCCGGGGUCGGUCGACGAGUACCACGCGUGCAAGUUUGAGCACGACGAGCUCUCGUUCAAGAUCAAGGUCCAGUUGCACGGCCUUGCGCUCGGCGAUACGUUCUCGCUUGAAAUCGAGUACCUCCUCAAGAGUCUUGGCGACAAACGCGUGAGUUUGACGUGCCUUAAAGCCGUGCACUGGCGCAAGCCGACGCUCUUCCAGCGCCAUAUCGAGACGGCAUCCCGGGCCGCGGUCCUCGGCAGCGCCCAGCAGCUUGCGGCGCUUCUCGUCGCGCGGAACCACUCGUCCAAAGUGCUCUGGAACCUUCCGACGCUUCUCUACAGCCACGUGCAGCAGCAAUUUGAGCGCAACCAGGUCGAACACUUGAACGUGCUCGAGCCACUGAGUUUGCCCUGGAAAGCGUCGACGUCGUUCUUUGAAGGCGAAGAUGCGACCAAGACUGUCUAUGCUGUCAUGUGGCCACUCACGCCAACCACGUACUUCGAGUGGUUUGUCUCGGACGCCAGUGCCUUCUUCCGCAAAACCCACGACGAGAGCAAGCAUGUGAACGUCGACAUGAGCCCAUGGACGUACCACCCCACGCUUGGCCACGUCCGAAAGCAAACGUUUACGAUGCCGGUCGAAGGCUUGGCGGGCCACGCGACGACGACGGUGCGCGAGUACCAGUGGUACGAGAUGAACGAUGCACAGCUUCUCCGGUAUGGCUCCAAGAUCUACGUCGGCGACCUCCCGGACGGCCACGCCUUUUCGGUGGAAGUGCGCUACGACGUGCAGCUCGACGUGCCGACGCAGACGCAGUGCCGCGUCACAAGCUCCGUGGGCAUUGUCUGGACCCACAGCAGCAAGUUCCAAGCAGGCGUGGAUGCCGCUGUCGCAACCGCGGUCCCGGCGUCCAUGACCACACUCCUUGCGCGCAUCAAGGCCAACCAGCACCAAGUCGACGACGUCCGCGAGAUCCAGUGGCUUCCGUCUCAAGACGACCUUACGGCUGCGCUGGUCGAAGCCGUCGUGGCGGCCUUGGCGACCGAGUAG